AUGGCCACCCAGACCUUUCACGCGACACAGACUCGCAAACGCAUCCAGGCUUUGCCUACUCGUCGCACGAGGGUCACUCUCAGUAAGGAGGCCCGCGCUGCCCUUACUGCUCGGCGUCGUGAAAAUGCGCAUCAAUUCAGAUCAGCUCUCGGUGAUGCUUGGAACGGUCUCGAUGAGACCGUAAAGGAAAUCGCAUCUUCUCACCACAAGAGUUUCCGCCGUGUACAAAAUGACUUAUGUUUAGGCCGGGGGAUGAUGAGAUUCAAGCGCUCGAAGUUGAAUGCGUGGAACGCAUUCUGUUGGAAAAAACGGCAGGAUAAUCAAGAGAAUGGGGCGACAGGCAAGGACGUCCUACAAGAACUCGUCAAGAGCCACCGUGCGGAAUAUCAAGAGCUCACAGAUGACGAGAAGGCUGCGAUUUUGCUCGAGUACAGCGAGCACAAGGAGACACAAGCCACGGGCAUCCGAAUUUCAACAAAGUCAAAGGUUAAUGAUGUCACCCAGACCCUCAAGGCCGUUGAGAACGAGCUUAACAAUUUGAGGAGCCGUACGGGAGCCGAGGCGAUCCUCUACACGACGCGUGGGUCCACGGACCUCCCUCUUCGUGGUGUCGCUUUUGCUACCGAAGGUGUGGACGAGUUUAUGUCGUCUGUAAUGAAUAUCGACAAUCAAGAUUUAAUUAGCAAGAUGGAAGGAUUCGCUGUCCAGGGCAUGAAAGGUAUGUUUGCUUGUACCUUUGCUCAUCACACUAAAUUCCAUUACUCAACAGGUGCUGCGAAAAAUCAUCAAAAGCGUUGUUCCGAUGACGAAAACGCGAAGAUGCACUGGGCGAAUUAUUUCCGCAACGUUAUCCAGCGCUAUAAAGUCGUUAUCGAAGGCUGGCCUGCUAACAUCCCUUUCGUCAACCUCAGCCAAGCCUCGAGCGCCCUUCCUGACCUUGAAAUGAUUCGUCGGAAGUGGGAGUCUCGUGCCAUCUGCUGGAGAGAAAUUGACGACGAGGAGUUUCAACAACUCCUCGAAGAGCGCAACGAGAAGCUGGAAAGUGACAAGGGAAAGAAGCGGGCACGGUCUACGGAUGGAUCGGGUCGUCGCAAGAAGACGUACAAGAGCACGGAGACCGUCGAGACCGACAAUGAAGACGAGACCACCCCAGCUGCCAAUGCCAGUUCCCCUAGUGCCAGUUCCCCUAGUGCCAACAUUCCUAGCGCUAACAUCAGUACCAACUCCACCAACAUCAGUACCAACUCCACCAGCACCAACACCAACGAUGACGCCGGCACUAAUACCAAUGCCAGCACCAAUAGCAAUGUCAACGCUGAGGCUAGUGCCUCCACCAACUUCACCAAUACCGAGGCUUUCAACAAUGCCAAUAUUGCUGGCACCGUCGACUCCAUCAAUCCCGCCACCUUCGACUUCUUUUGUACCCCUACUCCUCCAGCCAUCAGCAGCGCUCCUGUGUCACCUUCUAACGAGUUCUUUGACCCAGAUGCCUUGUUGGAUACAUUAGAUACUAUUUUUGGGCCGGCAGCCCAAAUCUAG